AUGGCUCGAAAUUCGGAGAAGGCGCAGUCCAUGCUCUUUCGCUUUCGGGCCCAACAAGCUGCACAAUUAGGUAUCAUAGAUGCAGGUCGAACUCGUCGGCCGAAGAUGAUUACGGAGGUCUCUCAGAUCCCUGCUUGCGAAAAAUGGCGCGGCCAGGUGUUGAAAGAGAUAUCAAGAAAAGUGACCAAGAUCCAAGAUCAAAGCCUUAGCGACUUCCAGAUUAGGGACGUGAAUGACGAGAUCAACAAAUUGAUGCGGGAAAAGCACAUGUGGGAGGAAGGCAAAGAGAUACCAGGAGGAGGGAAAGGCUACAGGUAUUUUGGAAGGGCUAGGGAGUUGCCGGGCGUAAAGGAAAUGUUCGAAGCAGCAAAGCCAAAAGCACCGGACAAAGCCUUGGAAUCUCGGGCAGACCUUAGGAAAAACGUUGAUGCCAGCUAUUAUGGCUACAAUCUAGACGAGGAAGAUGGGACCUUGCUUGCGUAUGAAGCUGAAAAGGAGAGGGAAGCAUUUGAGAACCUGAAAGCCCAGGGACAGAAGGGCGAGGAUGGUUGGGAGUCUUUGCCGGGCGACUCAGGAGACGGAGUUGCAUGGACGCUGCCAACGCUCGAUGAAGUGCAAGAAGAAUUAGUAGACCGGCGGAGGCGAACGCUAUUGGAUAAACUCGGUUGA